AUGUCUUUGCUACUCGCCAAAAUAUUCGGUUGUGCAUUUAUAUUGGCAAUCAGUUGUGCGACGUUCAUUGGUGCCUUACAUGUGCCCUAUGAUAACCAUUUGGAAGUUCAAGGUGUGCAGUCGGCCAUCUACAAUGCUGGACCUUUAGGGAAUCACGCUGGCCUACUGAGUGCAGCCAAGGCCGUGAGCGAGCUGCAGUUGCCCAAAUUGGCCGAUGAUGUGGAGGCGCAUGAUUUUAGUAGCGCUGAUGGUGGGGGAGAAUCAGUUGGCGUGGCGGGCGAUCACUUGGAGGUGAAACAUUUCCCCGCCGAUUAUGGUGAGGAUCAUGGUGCUACAGCUGAAGAGUACGAAGAAGCUGACGGUGCGGCCACACAGCAUAUCGAAGAGAUUGCACAUCCCGACUUUGGUGGGCAUGAAUAUUUAGAGAAAUUGGAUUUCCACGGUGACUACCACGACGACUACCACAGGCAACCUGUGGUGGGCAUUGAUCAUGGCAAAGGCGCCUUCAGCUACAGCACUUUGUAUGAACACAAGCACGAACAGCCAAAGGAGUUUUAUUAG